AUGUAUAUUACAAACUGCACUCGACCGGAUAUUGCUUUUGCGGUGAAUAAACUUAGUAGAUUUACAAAAUCCGAAAAUGGGAUAUUCAAUGCGAUUUUACCAGGACAUGUUGAUUUUACAAGUGAUCCUUGGCUUUCAAUUUCAAAUGGAGCAAAAGAUCUUGUGAGGAAGAUGUUACAUUUUGAUCCCAAGCAUAGGCUGACAGCAGGCCAAGUGCUAAAUCAUCCAUGGAUCAAGAAGGAUGGAGAAGCACCAAACACACCAUUGGAUAAUGCUGUCAUUGCAGGCUGUCUAUCAGAAGAAGAAAUCAUGGGAUUAAAACAAAUGUUUAAAAGAAUGGAGUCAAUGGACACUGAUACCAGUGGUACAAUAACAGUUGAAGAGCUAAGGCAAGGAUUGGCAAAUCAAGGGACGAGAUUAACCGUAACUGAAGUGAAACAAUUGAUGGAAUCUGUAACUUUAUGGAAUAAAACAUAUAUAACUAUAGAAGAACUAGAGCAUUCUCUACCAGAGUAUGGCAUAAACGACGAAAAGGACAUCAUGGAAAUCAUUUUUGAAGUCGAUUCCAACAAUAUGGAUGGCCGGAUAAACUACGACAAAUUUGUAGCCAUGAUGAAAAAAGGCAAAUCAGAGGAAACAGGCAAACAGCAAAUCCCAGAAAACGAUGAGAUAUCUUCGUCUCAUAAAUUUUCAACAGUCGAACAAAAGGUAAGGCCGAAUGGUUUGCAAAUCUCCUUAAACUAUGAAUCACGGGCUAAUGGUCAAAGCGAGGCCAAUGAGGUUUACAGGGCUGUUAGAUUGGAAGAUAAAGUAGAAUCAGAUGGCAUAAUACUCUCUAGUUCGCAAAGAUAUUUUGUAACUCAUAACAUUGCUUCAAGUGGAUUGCAGACAAAGGAGGCUGCAUAUCUGGGAAAACCAUCUCACUAG